AUGGCAUUCUCCCACCAAUUGAUUUCGCUGCUCGUCUGCUUGGCCGGAUAUCAGACUGUGAUCGCACACCCCUGGAACGUUGGAGUCGGUCAGCCUCAAGAAGAUCAGCCCAGGGUGGGCUUCAGAGACUCUCUUGCCAAGAAAUCUAAGCUGUCUGCGUCUUGUCAACUCGCAGCUGCUGGAUUGUUGGCUAGUGAAUUCGGAACUUGCGCCAACAUUCUUGAACUGGUUUCUAUCUUCGAUGCCAAAGAAUCUCUUAUAUCUCCAAUGAAUAGUUGGAUCACUGGUGCAUGUUCAGCUACUCCUUGCAAACAGGAAGGGCUAGCUGCUGCUAGUCACAUGAUUCGAACGGGUUGCGAAAGCGAUUUGAAAGAAGGAUCCAUCGCCGCUGUAGCUAUAUACUCGGUGAUCACACACUACAAUGCGACUAGGGAAAUGUUCUGCACUCAAUACAAGGAAAAUUUGAACUACUGUCUUCCAUCAGUCUUAGGAAAUGUCGAGGAUCAAAGCGGGGAAAACAUUACUACUGAUGAAGUGAUGUCGUUGAUCGCUGGAAAAUUUACCGUGGCAGACCAGUCUUUCAUCUCUGUCCCAAAGGAGACAUAUUGUAACGCUUGUGGACAAGCAAUCGUCAGUCGAUCAGCCAUGAUGAUUGAUGCCAUUCGCCAAGACCCUGUUGGGAUCGAAUUCAAUUAUACCGCGGGCCACACCGUCCAUCGAAUCAGCGAUAUCUGCGGCGCCUCCUUCGAGAAUCAGGAGCUGCCUGACACCGUUCAGGUUGCCCUUCCUCAACCUCAAUAA